CAUCUUUUCAAUAGCAAAAAAAAGGAAUCAUCCCCGUCUCUUUCAAAACGACGCGUAAAAUUACGUUCAAGGAGCAACCGGAUCCAAUCGUACCCAAAAAGAAAUAGCCGGUCCGAUUGUCGACAUACAAAGUAUUCAAAUUUCGCUGACUUACCCACAUCUUCUUCUCUCCAACCACCAUCAUGUCUGACACUGGCGGCAAAGUAAUUAAGUGCAAGGCCGCCGUCUGCUGGGGUGCUGGCGAGCCUCUCAAGAUCGAGAAUAUCGAAGUCGCGCCUCCCCAGGCCCAUGAAGUCAGGAUUCAUAUCCUUCACACUGGAAUCUGCCAUACCGAUGAGUACACUCGCAGUGGCAAAGAUCCCGAGGGUCUUUUCCCCGUUAUCCUGGGUCACGAGGGCGGAGGGGUCGUCGAAUCAGUCGGACAAGGUGUAACCAAUGUUGCAGUCGGUGACCAUGUCAUCCCGCUCUAUACCGCCGAGUGUCGGGAGUGCAAAUUCUGCAAAAGCGGCAAAACCAACCUUUGUGGGAAAGUUCGCGCCACCCAAGGCAAAGGUCUUAUGCCCGACAAUACGAGCCGCUUUACCUGUAAGGGCCAACCUAUCCAUCACUUUAUGGGCACAUCUACCUUUUCGCAAUACACCGUUGUCGCCGACGUGUCGGUCGUUGCCGUAGACAAAAAAGCACCUUUGGAGAAGGUUUGUCUACUCGGAUGUGGUAUAACCACCGCAUGGGGCUCUGUUGUAAAGCAGCCCGGAAUCAAGGAUUCGUCCGUGGCAGUCUUCGGCUGCGGCGCCAUAGGUCUUGGAGUUGUCAACACGUCGGCCAUGGUAGGCGCCAGCCGUAUCAUUGCCAUCGACACCAAUCCCGGCAAAGAGGCUUGGGCAAGGAAGUUUGGAGCGACCGAUUUCAUCAACCCACUCCAGCUUCCUGAGGGCACUCGUAUUCAGGAUCAUCUCGUCGAAAUCACCGACGGCGGCCUCGAUUACACGUUUGAUUGUACUGGGAAUGUGCAUGUUAUGAGAUCUGCUCUUGAGGCUUGUCACAAAGGAUGGGGUGUCUCGACUAUCAUUGGUGUUGCUGCUGCCGGUCAAGAGAUCUCUACACGACCUUUCCAAUUGGUAACUGGCCGUACCUGGCGGGGGAGCGCGUUCGGUGGUGUCAAAGGAAGGACUGAGAUUCCUGGUCUUGUUGAAGAUUAUCUACAAGGAAAAGUCAAGAUUGACGAGUAUGUUACUCACUAUAGGAAGUUUGCUGAAAUUAACGAAGGGUUCCAUGAUAUGCAUGGUGGCGAAUGCAUCCGUUGCGUCGUUGACAUGUCUUGAGAUACACAAUAAAGAUUUGCGACGUAAAUGUAUUAGUAUUAUGAAUUGCCGAAUGCAAUUGUAUACAACAAAUUU